GUAUGAGCAAACCUGGUCGAUGGGUGUUACCACUUCAAUGCGGGCUACAGUGGCAUUCAUACCUUUCUUACUCCUGGCUUCAUGGCCGGGAGUUAAGGCCUGGGCACUGGAUAACUUCGGCUGUUACAUGCACACCGGCGGUACCGUCCCACCCUUCGCCAAAAUUCCGAAGAAUGGUGGAGAGGACGUUUGGUCCUACGCCGAACGACUUGCCGCCGCUUGUCUUAAUACUACGUGUAAGAUGUUCGACAUAUCCGGAAACAUGUAUGAUAACAACGCCGAAGCCUGUAUCGACGACCGCUACGGUGCGUUUUGGGAAAACGGGGAUUAGGAAAACGCAAAAAUUGACCCCAAGCCCCCAACUGAGGCCGCUUUGCAUGGAGAUUCCUAUUCUGCUUUCGGAAUUGUGUUUGGGGGUAUAUGUAUGGAAAAAGGUAUGGGCUUGCAAAUUUGGCUGUACGGCAGGGGCAGGUGAAGUUCGGGGCCCCAACGACUUUUUAUAUUGGACUUUCGGAAAAUAUUUUCCGGGCCACAGGUCAGAGGUCUGGAAGCUGCAUUGCAAUCCUUUCGUUUAUAUACGUAUGACUAGCUCUAUCAACAAGAUGGUCACUUUUCGGCUUCUGAUAGCUUUGACGUACAUAAUAAAUACACAAGCAGUCCCUCCACUCUGCGACAAAGCAUCGGAGGCUUGCCCAGCAUCGCCACCUCCACCAAGCCCUCCACCCUCGCCUCCCCCCUCUCCACCACCCUCGCCACCACCAAGCCCCCCCCUUCGCCACCACCCUCGCCUCCCCCCUCCCCACCACCCUCGCCGGCACCUUCACCUAGUCCACCCCCCCCACCACCUCCGCCCCGUGUUGUCAGCCGUCCAUCUCCCCCUCUUCCCCAGCCACCGAGCCCAUCGACCUCAAGCCCUCCACCCCCAUCCCCAAGCGUCACCCCUCCGUCCCUUCCUUCAAGGCCACCACCUCACAGCCCGCCGCCCCCCAGCAGCCAACCCUCACCUGUACCCCCAAGUCCCGCUUUCCCCCCGCCCCCAACAAACAGUCCGCCCUCACCAUUCCCUGUACCCCCCACACCUUUCUCACCCCCACCCCCCUCACCACUGCCUCCCACUGCACCACCUCCGUCACCUCGACCCCCCUCACCUUCACCGCCUUCACCGCCUUCACCUUCACCUCCACCUCCCUCAAGCCCUCCACCCUUGUUGCCAUCACCCCCGCCACCAUCACCUCGACCAUCCCCGCCACCACACCCCUCAUCGCCACCGCCUCCUCCGGUCGUAUACUGGGCUUCUUCUGCCUCUGGUCUCAAUCAGCAGGCUUUGCUCCAGAAAGGCGGCUCUGCGGCCCUUAUCGUUGGGUCCCCCGGGCUUAAGUUUCGGACCUCACCCAAGGCCUGUAAACCCGCAGCUGACGUUAGCUGGGUGCCAACGAUAAUGACUCCUCGUUACGUGGUGGCCUAUUUCAACCAUACCCCCGCUGCCCGGAGCGGCCAAGUGGCGUCAGUGGUGCUCUACGUCACCAACAAGGGCACCCUCAACCCCGCCAUUGCCUCCAUUGACCUGCUGCUACGGUUGGCGACCGCCGGUGGCGCCAACAGCAACAGCCGUGAGCAGCAGUGGGUGACUCUUUACAGCGGCAGCACAGGUCAGCAGCUGACGUGUCCGGGACUUAACUACUUUGCCGUAUCUGCUGCCGCCGCGAUGACGUCAGCUAUUGAGUUCAACACGGCCGAUGUCAUUGCCGUACGAAUUAACGUCAAUGGUGCAACCGUUUCCAUGAAGUCAGAACUGCCGCACCUGGCAGCAGUGGGUCUGCAACUUUCGUGAAGGGUAAAAAAAACAGAUGCGGAUCAAUGCAACUUACCUUGAGCGGUUCUUCAUGGCGAUGAAUCUCGUCGUCACGCUUCUAUCUUGUUGGUCGAACAUCUUAAUUUAUAGGUUUAUUCGCACCGGAAUCCCACCCAUCCUGAUGCUUGUUCUGUGGGUUUAGCCCUAAUCCGUCUAUUGUAUCUUCUCUUGUGGUGUCAAGUUCGGCAGUGUCAUCGGUGUCAUCCUAGCCAUUCAUGAGGAAUUUGCUUGUUUCCGGUGUCGUUGCAUUCUGCCUUGCACUGAACGCACCGGUGUCGUUACGUUGCGUUAUGCGUUGCAGUCAACCCGUAAUAACACGUACGGCAAUCCCUCUUCGCUUUAGUUGCUGCAAAUUACUGCCGCUGCGCUAAGCGGUAAUGCAGCUUGCUCGUUCAUACGUUUGUUAAGAAAUCUGGCCGCAGUCGAAACGUACUGUGUACCGUUUUGCGUGCCUUGUUGUUAGCGUUUGCCUAUCUACCUAUUCAUAGCUUGCGUGCUGGCUGGUGGGCGGUUGGAGACUGCGCAACAUGUUUACUGCUGCGUUGGUGUUACGUGGGUCGUGUGUUCCGUGUAUCGUGACCCAUGGGCCAGUGGGCUCAGUUAAUAUUACACUUACUGGCUUCGGUUGUCCUGGUGUACAGGAAACGGACACAAUCCCACCGUCGGAUGUGGGGAAAACAUCUUACACCUCUCACAGCUAUUCCCCUUUACCACACACCAGGGCUAAGUCCGGCGUAGUAUAAUACUAAUACUUUGUAA